AUGCUUACUUUGGCUGUUCCAAGUUUCAUGGAACACAGCCCAGAAGUUUGGUUUAAGAUAUUCGAGAUCGAACUAGAAAAUAAGGGCAUUACGGCGGACCGUCCGAGGUACAAUCAGCUCGUCCCACGCCUUCCUCCGUCGGUUGUGACGCUGAUUGAGGACAUUCUACUCUGCCCAUCGAAUGAGGCAAAGUAUGAAACGAUGAAGCAAGCGAUUUUAAAAGAGUUACGGCCCAGCGCACGAACUCGAUUUGAACAGCUCAAUGGUCUCAAGCUUGGAGAUCGCAAGCCGUCGGCGUUGCUCCGCGAACUUCAGCGCAUCGCUGGUCCCUUAUUCUUGAGCGAAGAAGGGAUAGAUGCACUGUGGUUUGCACGUCUCCCAGAGCCAUUGCCGGUAAUGCUGUCCAUGUUUAUAGAUGCACCCCUGAAAGAAUUAGCUACCAAGGCAGACGCUGCGUUCGAACGUCUUUCGCAGCAGACGACCAGUAGCUCCGGUGACGUAUUCUCACCGAUGAAAACCGCAUCUCAUGUUUGUUUCCAGUCGCUAGACCGAUCUGACUCUAAAGACGAGGAAAUUGCGCUACUUCGCAGCAGGAUAGCAGCAAUGAAGGCUUCGAAGCAGCGUGUGCCACGGUCAAAUGCUGACCACGUUUUGGCUACCGUUCAUUGCGGCUCGUCUGUGCCUGCACCGAGUACGUCACGUUCGGCACGAAAGCGCAACAUUUUCCUUACAAGUUCUCAGUCAGAUAAUGUCAAACCCGUUGAAGAAGUAUGUUGGUAUCACCGCCAAUACGGUGGAAGAGCUAGACGUUGUCGGGCUCCCUGCAUUAGGCACGACCCAGCUGCUUCAGGGAAAACGAAUAGCCCGCAUACUAGCACUACAAACGUAUCAUUCAAUAACCAAGCAAACCGACUGUUUUACGUUAAGGAUCGACGUUCUUCCAUCACAUUCCUCAUCGACACGGGAGCGGAAGUCAGCGUCAUCCCAGCGACCGCUAACGACAAGCACUCAGAGCCUACGUACAAUUUGCGUGCGGCCAACGGUUCUCCGAUAGCUUCAUUCGGUCAGCGCAUGAUGAACCUAGACCUCAAUCUUCGCCGAGAUUUUCAGUGGGUCUUCAUGGUUGCGUCUGUACCCUUCGCAAUUAUCGGUAUCGACUUCUCCGACAUUUUGGGUUGCUUGUUGAUGCUGGUCGCCACAGACUUUUAG